AAAUGAUAUACAAGUUUCCUUCAAGUUCGUCAUCAAGAGAUAAUUUGAAGCGGAAACAAAAUCCUUGACGUUAAAGGGAGUAAUCUUGAUGCUUCCGGUGUAGAUAAAAUUUAACAACUCUUCCAUUAUUUCUGCAGUGAUGUUUUCCAGAAUCACUGGCUUGUUUUCCAAAUGCUCACGCAUGUUACUCGAAAACAUCUCCCGGAAAUAGGGACUACUCGCCGCCAAAACAUUCCGAUGAGCGAAAAAUUGUUUUCCAUUAACCACAAUCACUACUUCGCACAAGAUAUUGUGUUUCCGGAACUCGUUAAGAGAGUUCAUCAUCUGGACACAGUAAUUCGCUACAGGCACAUAAACUUGUGAAAGCUCCACGGAAGCCAUCUUGUUAUUUUUAAUCUCCUAAUUUCUCCUUAACAGAAGACAUGAGUUUGAGGACACCGCUGAUUUUUUUAUGACUGUCGGCUCGUAAUGAAGAAAUCCAAGAUGGCGGACUUCGAGGUAGCACUGACAACAGAAUCAUCUGGAGAUAACUUCUGUGUAUCCUUAUGGGAUUUAAACUCAGGUAUGCAACUGAAAGCUUACAAAGGAGGAAGUUGCCAAGCGAGAUGCGUUUCACUUCUCGGUAAAGAUUAUAUCAUGGCAUCACAGUCAAAUAAACCUAUAAUCCACACGUGGAACAUGGCUAAGGAGUCAGUUCUCACAAAAUUAAUCUGCCCUGGUAAAGUGACAGCCAUAACAUGCUCUCCUGAUGGUAACUAUUGUGUGGCGGCUUGUGGUGAGAAAAUUUAUAUUUGGCAGGUAUUUCAGCCCACUUACCAUUUGGCUACUGAGAUUUCAAGACACUUCCAGCGAGUCUCAUGUCUGAAAUUCACAGAUGAUGGAUCUCAUUUCUUGUCAUCUGGUGAUGAUAAUUUAGUGAUGGUGUGGAAAAUGGCAAAGAUUUUGUCGGGUUCAUCAAACAGCGUAGGAACUUCAGAUGAAAUACGAACUCCAAGGUACACAUGGUCUGAUCAUGCCCUUCCUGUCACUGAUAUCCAUUGUGGAUGUGGGGGCAUGAGAGGUCAUGUGAUCACUGCAUCCCUUGAUCAAACUUGUAAGUUGUACAGCCUGAGUUCUGGUGAACUUUUGUGUUCAUUUGUGUUUGAUGUUGGAGUAGCAGCUGUGACAAUGGAUGCUGCGGAACAGAACUGCUUUGCAGGAGGAACAGAUGGCAACAUCUACCAAGUAGAGCUUUUUAGAAGGGGGAUGAAGAAUAACAUUCACUUGGAGAAAGAAGAAGCCCUCAUCUUCAAUGGUCAUAGUAAACAAGUCAACAGUUUAGCAGUUUCUAUGGAUGGAACUCUGUUAUUGUCUGGCUCUCAAGACCAGACUGCUCGUGUUUGGCAUGUUCCUAGUAGGCAGUGUCUCAGAGUUGUCAACCACAAAGGUGCAGUGACCAACUCUCAGAUAAUUCCAAAACCUUUACACCUGGAAAACCCAUCUCCGAAAUCAUCCCUUGCUCCGAUCCAGCCUCUAAAACGGCACGUGCAUGUACCGAAUCGAUCACGUGAAAAACACGUCGCCGGUCCCGCGGGAACAAGUGAUGGCGAUUCCAACUCUGACGCUAUUCUUAUGACGCUGAAGGGAAAAAUAAGCGAGGAAAGUAGUUCGGAAAAAAGGAAAAGAUUUGGGGACAGUGUUGCGCUACCUCUGCUUGCCGAGGUCGCAGAGUUUGAAGGGCAAGGAACUGCAACAACAGGAAAGAGACAACUUUCGCGACGGGAACUUGAAGAGGAAUUAGAAAACGUUAAACGGGUGAACAAACAUUUUUACAAUUUUGCCGUGAGAGAAUUGAUGGAUGAAGUGUACCAAGCAACCGGAAAAGGGACAACGUGAAGGAACGAACGCUUGUUGAGGUUUCCAAGAUGGAAUUUGUGCUUCCUGUUUCCCAAGGAAAGCCAUACUAUUGAGAUUGGAUCGGCAAGUUCUCAAUCCUUGUUUCCAGAGGCUGAACCGGUCAAAACAAGAACGAAUUUCGCUAACGUAAAAGGUUUAUCUUCCCUGUAACUUGCUGAAAGACAUCACCUCACGGCGAUGACAUUACGUUCGUCUGUAAAACCACUGAAGUACUACGCU